AGCAAUUACGAGUUUUGGUUUCAAACAUAAUUAUUGUAGAUCAAAAUAUAUGAAAAAAAUAAAUAUUUUAUUUAGUUAUUAUUGAAAAGUUCCAUUAAAGUGUUUUUCUUUAAGAGAAAAAUUAGUUUCAUAUGAGAUACUUCAAUGUUUCUGAUUUCUUUUCGUGUUUGAAAUGAAAUGUGUUUUGUCCAUUGUCCAUAGUUUUGAAAUGAUAAUGAACUAUCAGAUUUUUGCUUUAUUAUGAGAUAAAGCAAUUUCAGCAUGGAUUCUGAAUUACAUUGUACCCAUGGUGCCUUAACAGAUUCUUUUGGAUGGCUUGUUCAAGGGAUAUUGGCAUGUCUUGCAUUUACUUGUCUUAUUUUGAAGAGGUUUUGUGAACCACGAAGGCAAAGAAGGCCUUGGCUUAUUUGGUUUUAUGACACUUCUAAACAAGGGAUGGGUGCUUUAGUAAUACACUUUGCUAACAUAUUUUUAGCCGAGUUUUUCCAGGGUGAUCCAUGCACGUGGUACAUAGUUAGUUUUCUUCUUGAUUCAUCAAUUGGCCUAUUUAUUAUUUUUAUUGGCAUUAGACUUACACAACAUAUUUCAAGAAGAAAAGGAUGGGACCAUUUAGUCUUUGGUGAAUAUGGUAAAGCUCCAUAUGUAAAUGCUUGGCUUUCUCAGUGUGCUGUAUAUAUAAUGCUGAUGCUUAUAGAAAAAAUUUUCAUGACUCUUAUAAUUCAACUAAAAUUUUGGGAUCAGGUUCGCAAAAUUAUUAUGUCUCCGAUUAAAGAUCCAAAAGUAGAAGUAGCAAUAGUUGUACUGAUAGUACCAUUCAUUAUAAAUGUAUUUAUGUUUUGGGUUGUUGAUAAUUUCCUAAUGCAAAAACAUGGACGCUGGAAGCAGUGUGUGAUAAAUGGGAAAGUUAAAAUUCAUUAUGAACGAAAUGAUCAAGAUUCUUGCUCAGAAUCUGAAGUUUUGCUGUCUGGUGAAGAUGAUCCUUUGGCAAUAGAAGUGAGCUGCCAACAAAGACACCCUAUGCUUGUUCCUGUGUCAUGAAUUAAAAUUCAUGUGUUUUAGAAACUAACCAAAGCAUAUCUUUACUCUUUUUUAAACACCAAAGAUUUAUUUGUGCUUUUUCUAUUAACAAAAGUAUUUAUGGUUAUUUUUUACUGUUCAGUUUUGUGGGAAUGUGUUUUUGCAUUUAAAUUAAUGCUCCGCCUUAUUUAUUAUUUUUUCGUUAUCAUAAUUAAUAGACUAAAAUAACUUGAAAUGUACCAAUCAUUGUUUUAUUUAUAAGAUUAUUUUUUUUUGUAAACCAUAUCUAAUCAGUAUGAUUUAAUAUUUUAUUAUUAUUAUUAUUAUCUACAUUAAAGCUUUGGUUUACUUGAUUUAUUAGUUUAUAUAAAGUAGUUUUUAAUGUAUUUUAAAACUCAAAAUUUUCUUGUUACUCUAGAAAAUAAAUUUUCAUUCCAUCCAUGAAUCAUAAAACUUUGAAAUGUUUUCAGAUUUACUGUAUUAAUAUUCUGUAUUCCCAGUCUAAAGGAAAUAGAUGAAAAAGCUACCAAACAUCUAUUGAAAAUAAUACUAUUCCAUUUCUGCAUUCAUCCUUUUAUAGUUGUAUAAAGUUGCAAAUAUUUUACUAUCUACUUUAUAAGUGUUAAUGUUGAUCAUUGUUAAUUUUUAAUUCGAAGAAAAUCUCCACGUCCAUCAUCCUCAGUGUUCACCAUCAAAAUAUUAAGACAUCUCUUGGAUAACUGAUUUUUUAUAUUUGCUAUAAAAAUUGAUGUGGCAAUGUAUCAUUGCAUGUGUGUAGUUAGUCCCCUGUUUAUGGUUGUGAUAAAAUUUGUGAAAGCAAUAUUAACUAUUUAUCUUUCUUUUAAUCAAACUAAAUAAUUUCUUAUCAAAUGCUUUUUCUUGUAAUAUUAUUAUUUUUGUAAAUCAAAUGUAUGCAAUUUGGUCAAUAAUUGAGUGAUAAUUUAAAGCAAAUCUUUUUGUUCUAUGGUAUUUUCUUUUAACCCUAUUCCAUUUAUCUUAUUUUUUCCUGUUCAGUUUCAUAAUAUAAAUAUAAAUCAAAAAAUUCUCAAUAAUGAUAAGACUGAAAGUCUAAAUAUAUUUGCUUGUCAAAGCUGACUGGGACACUGGCUUGUCAACUAUUGAAUAGUAUCUUUUUCUAGGAUUUUUAGUCUACAACACAGAUAGUUUAAAAUAAUACUUUUCAGUAAAGAAUCCAGCAUGUACCUUGAACAUAUUUUAACAGUACCUAACUUUUAAAUUAAAAACUGUUAUGUUUUAAAUGUCAUUCAGUUUAUUUAAAUGUAUUUCAACUUAUUCUGUAAUUUUAAAAGUUCUUUUCAUCCCCCUUUUUUUAUCAUUAUUGUUUCUUGUUUUUUCAUGAAUAUAUUUUGUAUUUAAAAUGUUUUAAUUUUGAAUUAGUGAUUAACUCUUAAUAUAUCUGGAAAGAAGCAACUAAACAUUAUUUACAUUUUCUUAAUUGUGUGUAAGUAUACAUUAUAAAUUAAUCAAAACUCUGUAUUACAGUCAUUUUAAAAAAUGCAUUCUGCAUUUUAUUUUAUAAAAAUUAUUUAAAAAGAUCAACGUUAUUUUAAUUAUCUUAGGAUAUUUAUUUAUACUGUUUAUAUAGUUUUAGAAACUUUUCACAAUAGUGAGCUGUUGUUAGUGAGAUUUCUCUGCAGUUCUUUGUUAGACUUAGCUAUACGAAUUUCUGUUUUAUCAUUCUCAGAAAUGUAUAUAUUCACAUUACCAUAACUAAUUAAUUGGCAUUUAUUAAAUAAAAUUAUUUGGGCAAUAAAAAUAAUUGUUUUUAAUGAACAUAUUAAAUUGUUGUGAAGGUUAUUAUCAAUACUACAUUAAAAUUAAUAUUUUUAAUUGUGGUAAAUUAAUGCCAUAUUAUACAAGUAAAAUAAAGAUUUUAUAUAUAGUCUUUCUGAUCAAAUCCAAAUGAUAUGCUUUUUGAAACAUUAAUAAAUAUCCCUAAUUAAGGGACUAUUUUGUAUUUUCUAAACAUUUUAAUUUUGCUUUGUUAUACCUACUUAGAUAAAUGUAGUAGUAGCUCCAGUUUUCUCUAAAACUAAUUCAUGGUGAGGAAAAAUUUGGUUUUAUCUUUUGAUAGGCAAGAUAAAACCUUAAAAACAACAGCUAUUCCCUCUCUAUUUUUGUUUUGCAUUUGGAUAAUUUUAAUGUUUGCACUCAAAUGAUUUAGAAUACUGUUUAUCGAAAAAGAAUUGACACAUAAAAUCAAACUUUGAUAAUGAUAGCUAUUCCAUUACUUGUAUUUUUAUCAUAAGUAAUUACCAUUAUUUUUUUAAUUUAAUGAAUUUCAAGAAACAGGUUUUGUGUCAAUUUUCAUUUAGAUUAUUAAUUAAUGAAUAAUAAACUCUAAAAUAUGAAUUAAAUUAACAUUAAAAUUAAACAGUAAGCAUUUCGUUAAUUUUGUGAUACUUUUUUUGAGGUGGUAUAUAAGUUUGCAAGAAUAUGUUGAAGAAUAAUUCCCUAUUUAUGUCAUUUCUCUGUAUUAAUAUAUAUUGUAUUUGCACAAACAGAAAGAGAUCUAUUUCAGUACUCUUGUAUUAACCACAUGUCAUUGGCAAACAUAGUCAACAGAUUAACCUGACAUCUGCUGCACUUAAGUUGCUGAUGUGCAAUGAAUAUACAAGUACUCUUUUUUUUUUAAGCAGUAACACUUAAGAUUAAAUGAUUGAAUGAAAUUUUAAACUCAUGAACUUUCUAGGUGUACUCAUAAAUGCUUAAUGGAGAAACUAUAAGUAAUUUAUUUUCCCCUUUCAUAAAUUUUAUCUUUGGAAACUGAUUCUUACAAUUUGAAAGAAAUGGGAUAUGGCCUAUGGAUUGUGACCUCUGAAUUCCUGAAAAAUAAAUUAAAAAUACUUAUUGAUAAAAUUCAACGUGAAUGCAGGAAUGAAACUAGAAUGUAUAAUGUUCAUAGCAAUAAUUCUACUUCUCCUUCCCUCAUUCUAGUUUCAUCCCUGAAUAAGAGCUUCAUUUUGAAUGAAAGAAUUUCAAAAGCAUGCCUGUGAUAGAAAUAUUUAAUUUGCUAUAAUUAAGAAUGAUAUAUUUGGUCGUUUCUCUAAGUUUUUUUUAAUUGUGUAUUAAUUUAGAGAGAAAUUGUUUUAUUCAAUUAUUUUUAUUUAAAGUGCAUCUCUUUAUUGUAGUAAUUAACUAUUUAAAUUUCUUUUUAGAUGAAUAUGCAUUUAAUAUUUGUGAAAAUAAAUUAUAUUGAGUCUAAGGGUAGUAUUUACACUUAUUUUUAAUUUGAAGCAUGCAAGUAUAAUUAAACUUCAAUUUUUCAUUUAUUUAUAUAAAAAAUAUUUUAGUUAAAUAUUGCUAUUGUAAUUAAAAUAAUCAUUCUCAACAGGAUUGAAUUACUUCAAAAUGUUUGGAAAUAAAUAUUAUCUGGUGCAAAAUUUUGCAUUGUGUAAUGAAAUGUUAUUAAAUGUACUACUUAAAUAUUUUUAUUACCCAUGAUACAAGUAAGAAUGUUUUAGUCAUUUUCUGUGCAAUGCUUCUUUUAUUAGAAAUGCUUAGAUUAGAUUGUUUUCCUUGUGUAACUUUUCAUGUAUUUUUUCUUUAAUACUGUAUUUUUCAUUUAUUAAUAUUCCUUGCU